AUGGCACGCACAACGAAAAAUGUGAGCCCCGAGGCAGAGGUCAAGUCGUGGGGUUUCAAGCAGGUCUUCACCUGGACAGACACCCCGGGCACCCACUAUCCCCCGCACAGCCACCGGGCUUUGACGACGCACCUCAUCACGAAAGGCAGCCUCACCAUAACCUAUCCCGAGGAUGAGAGCCCGGUCAAGGAAACCCACGGCGUGGGCGAGCGUGUAGACGUGGCGGCAGGGCGACAGCAUGAGGUCUGGGUCGGCACGCAGGGUUGCACCAUGGUCAUCGGGGAAUAGAGAACCAAGCUAGCAGCUGAGGCGGCGGUCAGUGUUCAUACAAGUCAAACAACGGCUUCUGGAUAAACUUCGUUGUCAUGCACCCUUCAAGCAACAGGUAGCAGAAUGGACCAAGGUGGAACGCUUGCGACCG